UAAAAAAUAAAAUUGUAAAGAAUUCGUGGGACACAGGUGAGGAUGCGUAGGAUGUCUUUGAAAUUUUCACUGACAAUGGAUAGAAUACACAAAAGGAAAAGAAAUCUCAGAAAUGAGUACUGUUGUGAUUUUCGAGAGUGUCUACUCUCUUCCUGUCUCAAUUUUCUCUCAAGCAGCAAAAAAAAAAAAGUCGUCAAAUAAAGCCCGAAAAAUGGUGAAUCCCUACGAAAAUAUUUUGUAGACAUUUACCAUCGGAGUUUGUUGUUUUGGUGUACUUGACAUUGAAAGCCAUGCUUUCGAGCACUACUCAACAUUUCAUUGUGCAUGCGCGAGAAAAUGAGAAAAUAUGGGAAUUAAAAGAUGUGAAGGAACAAAUACAUACGAUGAAAUCUCGAAAAGUCCUUUUCAGUUUCAUUUGCGGCUCCUCUCAGUAUGCAAGGGAGAGAAAGAUCUGAAGAAAAACAUGGUUACGAGACUGUGGAAAGGACUGAGUUCAGGCUUAAAGACUGAAGACAUUGCUAGCUUGCACAUCUCACAAUGGCAAAGUCACAAAAAGGUUUUGCUGCUCUACUUGUUCUAUCGCUGGAUCUGUGCCAUAAUUUUCCUAACCAUGAUCGUGUGCUCCGUCAUCGAAAUCGGAAGAGGUGGAGAAAAGUUUGAGCACCAUUAUGCAAAAUGGUGGAUCUAUCUGACACAUUGGACUGUUUUGAUUUGUGUUUUACAGGGCUGGCUCGCCGCUGUAAUUUGCACGAAGGCUUUAAUGGAUAAUAAUCGCGAUUAUGAGUUCGUAUUGCAGACAAAAGUUGGCUAUGUACAACAAUUUUAUUGGAUUUGUUAUUCUGUUGGAACCGUUUAUGCAUUUAUUGUGACGUUCUUGUACUGGACUACUGUUUAUGAUCCAGAGGUUGACACAUUCGACUUGAUAAACUUUUUCGUACAUUCUGUUUUGGCUGUAAUAAUGUUUUCUGACCUGUUGCUGGUUGGUCAUCCGGUGAGGAUGGAUCCAGAUUUAUACUUCUCAACUGGAUUGGGAUUGGCAUAUUCAAUUUUUUCAUUAAUAUACUACUUGUGCGGUGGAACCGACCGUCAAAAUGAUCCCAUCAUUUAUCCUUUAGUGAAUUGGGAGAAGCCAGGAAAGACAAUUGUCGUUUGUGUUGGUGCAAUAUUCUUUGUUGUUAUCGUUCAUAUUUUAUGUUGUUGCGUAUGCAAGAUACGAUACCUUAUUCAUAAGAAAAUCUUUGUAAAGAAAGAGAAAAAGUUGAAUACAUGCAAAGAGCAUGCGAAGAUGUUGAGUGAACAGAAGGAUUUCACUAUUCCGUCAGUAUUAGACUUGAAAUAAUUUAACUUAUUAGCAAUUACGAAAAAACAAAAAACGAGAUAAAGAAACAACAUUAAUUAAUUGAAAAUUUUCAUUUAUUAGUAACAAAUCAAAAUUUUAUACAUUUUAAACGACAUAAAUUUGGAAUUUAGUGGAUAUGAUUGGUUAACAACAAUUUUCUUAGGAUUAACAAAAGUUUGAAACUUGCUCAAAAAAAAAAAUCAAAAUUCAAGUAUUUUCGUUUGUGGUGCAAUAAGGCAUAAAUACAUACCUACUUAAUAUAAUUAACGCAAUUCGAACAUUAAUUGAAUUAACAAUUAUAAUUUUGGCAGUAAAGAGGCGAGGUCAGUUUUCGGAUAUUUCUAAGAAUUUAUAGAAGAAUUUAAAGUUUAAAAAAAAUUUGGAGGAUCAUGAAGCAAAUCUUUAAGAUUUUCGAGUAUCUAAUACUCUUGACAAUUUGUUAUUGAAUCGUGCAUUAACAUUUUAUGACUUUUAUCACUAAAUUAUUCAGUUUGAUUGCGUUUUAGAUUCCACGAUUUGCCCCAAAUACUUUUUCAACAAAGUUCGCUUGAUUCCAAGAAUAUGAAGCUAAAAUGUCUCUUAAUGUAACAGACUGCGCCAUGAUUUUUAACAAUUCAAAAGAAAAAUCCUCAAAUGUCAUUAUUUCUUCAAAGCAAAUGCCAAAUUACAUACGAAUAAGCCGUUCACAAAUGACAUAUAUUUUUUUGAAUAGAAGAAAAUCUGAAGUUUUGUGUCACUUUUAGAUAACGAGAGUUGAUAUCAUUUUCUGACAUUUAAGUGCUGUAAGAGAGUGACAGGAUGUAUAAAAAGUUUAUAGAAUGUCACAGUUACGUAUGGUUGGUGCUUUCUUAUCUGAAAAGCACGUCAUCGACAUAGCGAGUGCAAAAACAGUAGUUUGUAGUUUUUGGAAUCAAAAGUCUGAAAGUAAAGCUAUUGAGUUUCUAUUAAAAGAUAAUAACAGAAUAAAUUCAAGGAUAGAAUAAGAUCCUACUUCAAAUGAAGCUUAAUUAGCCUGAUAAGUGUCGUUCUAAUGACUAAAAGGAACAAGUAUUUAUUAAAUUUAUUGUUGAAUUCAUUUCUAGGUCAACAAAGAUUUAUCAUUAAGAUUAAUAAAGUUUCAUAUCGCGCGGUAAUGCUUUCCUCUAAUGAAUGAAUAACCCCAAAUAUAGCAAGCAUAGAACUAAAUCAUUAAAAGAAAAAAAUGACAACCUUGAACUGCAAAUGUCCUUUUCUUAACGACACAAUCUUGAUAGACUAGCUCGUGUGGCUCAAAACAGCUAUUUUUUUUAUCUUGAUCAGCUAUGUUAAGCUAGGAUUUUAUCUUUAACCCUUUAAGGCUUUCGUCGAUGAAGAAAAAUAUAUAUAUGCACGCAAUCUAAAGCAUAAAAACAUUCAAUGAGCUAGAAUUUUAAUGGUACCUUCUCCAGAGUGGAUUUAAAGUGGCACAAAAUCUUUGAGCUUAUGAGGAUCAUUGAAAAGAACUUAAGUUUUAAGAUUUCAUGCCAUUUUGGAAGUCUCAAAAGGCUUUAAGGUGUAGAAAGCUUCAGAAAGCAAGUUUCAACUUGUGCCAAGAGCACUAUGGAAAUGCUGAGUGGGGGCAAAAAAAAACUGAGAAGAGAAAAAAAAAUUGGCAUUUCCACAAUCAAUAAUUUCAUCUAGGGAAAUUUUUCAUGUGCUUCUUUUUUUGUUUGUUGUGAAUAUGAGUCAUAAUGUGGUUUUAUCGUACGAUUUCAUGACAUAAAUGUUGGAAGAUUGAACCUCCUUGAUAUAAAAAAAAAAUCCUUAAGACAUAAAAAAUUUGAGAAAUUUAACAAAAUGUUUUUAGCAAAACCACAAAAAGCACGAUAAUAAUAAAAAGUUAUUUCUUAAGCACUUACAAAGAAUACAAAUUGUAGACAUUUUUUGCAGUAACUCUAUUGUGAAACAGAAAGAAAAUAUGAAACUUUUAACCUUUCAAUUAGAUUUAAAUCUCUAAGACUUGAAAAAGAACAUACAAAAAGAAUUAUAACAAAGCAAAUAAUUAAAAAAUAAUACAAUUUCGAUGAAUGGAUGGAUGGAUGGCGAGUAUAAGAAAGAAAGAAGAAGCAAUGACUUAUUUUUGUUAAAGAAAAUGGAAGAAGUAAAUCGUGUACAUUUUUAGUAAAUGUUAACGCUCAACAAAAAUAUAUAUUAUAUUUCUGAUAUAAUACACAUCGUAUUAUUAUAAAGUAAUGUAAAAUUUGCCAACAAGUAUAAAAAGAUAAUAAAGAU